UACUUAACUAUCAAUAAUUUUAUAUUUUAACUGAUUAUUUCACACAAUAUUUUAAUUAUUUUACACAAAGAUAAAACUCAAAUAUUUAUGUUUACGAUUUAGAAAGAAUUAAAUUAAAAAAAAAAUAUAAAAUUUUUAUUAAAUAUCAAAAAAUAAUCUGACUCUGAACAAUUUUUUAGCGUUAUUACAUAAAAAUGCUCAAUCAUUUAAUUAAAAAAUACAAAUAUAUUGUACAAAUAUAUUUCAAAUAAUAAUAAAAAAAUUAUUUAUUUUAUGAUAUUUAUUAAGUACCAUUCGUUAAAUAUUAUCAUAAGUAAAACAAUUUUAAAUUUAUCAAUAGCGAUUUGAAAAACGUGUCUUUUAUAUUUGCUUUUUACUUUAGAAACUACUCCAGUAUCUUUUUAAAUGUUUAUAAUAUGAUAUAGUAAUAAUUUUUUUUUAUAAUAUGAAAGUUAAAAAUGAAAUAUUCAUUUGUAAUAAAAAAAAUAAAAUAUGAAAUUUUGAUAAUUAUGUAAUUAUAAAUAUUUUAUUAUAAAUUAUUUUAUAACUUUUUAAUAAUAAUGCACAAUGGUAAAACCAGAAAAAAGAAUGUUCUUUUACCGACAACUUUGAGUAUUAAUAUCUUUAGAUAUGUUUGGUAAGAUGGCGAUAUACGCUAUUUAUGGAAAGAAGAAGAGAUACGUGCAACGGAGAUAGUCGAAAUAAGUUGACCCAUGUCUCCGCGGUCGAGCGCGCUCGUUCUGCUCGAAACGUCCGAGCACGAAACAUUACGUUAGUUUGUCGUAAAUUGAGUUACGUCUCAUCGUAUCUGCUGUACGGCUGGGAUAUUGUAUCGUGUAGUCCUUUGUGUGUGCAUGUGUGUGUCAAUGAUUCGUUAUUAACGGUGCAGUUUGGCCUGAUACAUCAAAAGAUAAAUUAUGAUGGUCUGAUCGCGGUUCCAACAUGACUGUGGAUUUCGCCGACUACUUUUGGGGCGAAAAGAAUAAUGGAUUUGACGUGUUAUAUCAUAACAUGAAGCAUGGUGCAGUUGCAAGUAAGGAGUUGGCUGAGUUUCUAAAAGAACGAUCAACUAUAGAAGAAAAUAAUUAUAAGGUUCUAAGUAAACUUGCAAAACAAGCUGGCAGUAGCAGUAGUAUACAAGGAACAUUUGCACCUGUUUGGGCUGCCUUAAGAGGUGCAGCAGAAAAACUUGCUGGCUUACAUUUGCAAAUGGCCCAAAGGGUCACUGAACUAAUAAAAGAUGUAUCAAAAUAUACAGAUGAAUUGCAUAAGAAACAUAAGGCUGUAAAAGAAGAAGAAUCAUCUACCUUGGAAAUUGUACAGAAUAUACAGAGUAUUACUGUAACUUUACAUAAAGCAAAAGAUAUGCGUACACAAAAGAGUCUGGAAUUGGAAAAAUUAAAGAAAGAUAAUGCCAGUCAAAAAGAAUUAGAAAAAGCAGAAAUUAAGUUUAAAAAAGCCCAAGAUGAUUAUAAAACUUUGGUUGAUAAAUAUAUGAUCAUACGGAAUGAUUUUCAAACCAAAAUGACUCAAGCAUGCAGGCGAUUUCAAGAUGUAGAAGAGACACAUUUAAAACAUAUGAAGGAAUUUUUAAAUAUUUAUGCAGAUGUUUUACAAUCAAAUCACGAACAAGUUGGUCAAGUUCAUAUAGAUUUUAAACGACAAUGUUUGGAUAUGACAGUGGACAAACUUCUAGAACAAUUUGUACAAAGCAAAUCCACAGGUUUUGAAAAACCAGGUACAUUUGAAUAUGAAGAAAUCAUGACAAGUUUAGGAGAAAUGACCAGUCAUUCUCAAUUGGAAAGCAAUAUUGAAACAUCUAAGGAAACAUCAAAAGGAGCAAAUGGAGAAACAGGCGUUGCGGGUAACACUCACAGUUCAAAAAACGAUCGGGGAUUAAAAGGGGAGGGUUGUCAGGUGGAUGAGGAAAAGGGGACGGUACAAGAAAAAGAAAAUGAAAGACUGAAUGAAAGGGAUAGAGAACUGUCACAUGUACAAGCCACCAAGGCUUCCCGCCGUACUACCUCGCUACUCAACCUGUUCAUGUCCAACUCCCAGGCAAUGAGUGUUGUUUCAGACAAACAGAAGCAAGCAGGGUCUGGUUCGGCACCUGCAACUCCUCAGGGGAACAACCUGCCUCCUGCUGUUCCACCUCCCAGCAUCUCCAGGAACCCUCUCAGAGGAUCUAAAUUGGUAACGCGUAUUAUGGUUCCUCCACUCUGCACUCUUUUAGAUCAGCAAUGGUUUCUUCGCAGCAGAAGAGAAAAAAGAAAAGAAAAGAAGGCAAAAAAGAAGAAGGAUAUUGUGGAAACGAGCAGCAACAAAGAAGAAAAGUCUGAUCUGGAGGAUAAGGAUGACAGUAGGAAAUCUGAAACACCAACACCGGAAGUAGACGAAGAUGGUUUCUGUAUUAGACCAAAAACAGAACCAUGGGAGAAUGAGAAAGGAUUUUAUUCCAGUUCAGAUACCGAUUCCGAAGAUGAUAGAGAACGAAAAAUUCGAGUAGAAAUAAAACCACUUAGCAAUGGCGGAGCACCUAUGAGCGCAAGUGUGGACGAACUUAGAGCAACGGUGGAAAAUUUAUCUUUAUCGCCUGCACCAACGGGACGCAGAGGCUCAAAUACCGACUCAGAUCAUCAUAUGAAAAGGUCUCAGUCAGUGUCACAGCAAUUAGGAGGUAAGCCAAGCUCGGAUUUACUUGGCCUAAACUUGUUCAAUCCUAGCAGUACACCAUCGAGCGCCUCAACGCCGACUGGUAGUCAUCCAUACGCGCCAUUGCAAAGUCCUCCGCCGCUGUCUUUGUCACCGACGCCUCAACCACAGCCACCACAAUCCGCACCACCUACACAUCCUCAUCCACGAUUCCCUGAUGGAGAUUUAUUUUCGGAAGUAGGAGACAUUACUCCGGCCUUACCUCCAAAACAAUCCGCUUCUUCUACUCCGACAGGAUCUAUUAUCAUUCCUAGACCACCAUCCCGAAGAGGAGAAGGUCCUUCACCAAGAGGUAGAAAUUCACCAGCGACUAUAUCCAGAGCUGAUAGCGUAGCUAGUUUAGAGUUUCGUACAGCCGGCGUUGGAGUUGGCUCUUCCAGAGGUCCAUCGCCACUCACAAUAGGACUUGCAGAUACUAUUCCUUUAGCAGUCGCCUUCCAUGAAAUAGUACACUCUUACUUUAGAGGUACUGAUGAAACACGAUGUCAGGUGAAACUCAGUGGAGAUAUGAUGUUAUCAUUUCCUGCCGGUAUUGUCACUGUGUUGGCGAAUAAUCCUAAUCCUGCAAAACUAACGUUUCGAGUGCGCAACAGUAAUAGAUUGGAAAAAUUGUUUCCUAAUAAUCAACUCGUCAGCAUGGAUGCCACACAGACAACUGUUGACAGUACAAUUUUUGAAUUCAACAUGAGUGCCUUAACUACAUUGUUACGCAAACAGGCUGAACAAAAUCCUUCGGCUUCAUAUUUUAAUGUCGAUAUACUCAAGUAUCAAAUCAAAUGCAAGGAAGGCGCGGGUUCAUGUCCUUUCCAGUUAGUUGCCUAUUGGAAAUGUGAAACGACUCAUACAGACCUUAAGAUUGAUUAUAAAUAUAAUAGUCGCGCUAUGGCUUCUCCAAGUCCAUUAUUAAAUCUCCAUGUGGCUGCACCCAUAGAUGGAGGUUUUAAAUCAUUAAACAGUAAACCUCAAGCACAAUGGUUAUCAGAAACAAAUCGGAUAUUAUGGAAGUUUACAGAAUUAUCACAGCAUAGCGAAGGUAAUGGUGUAGGUUCUUUGAAAGCACGAGUGGAACUAGGACAUGGGCCAGGAAAUCAAGGAACUAUAUUUACACAGUUUAAUUGCGAAGGGACCACAUUAUCUGGAGUUGAGUUUGAACUUUUAGGCCCGGGAUAUAGAUUAAGUUUAGUAAAACGUAGAUUCGUAUCUGGAAAGUAUAUUUGUGAUGGAGAUUCUGAUUCACGAAGUAGAUAUGCUGCUCCACCAUCGAAUGUGGAUUGACGACUUCCAGAAUGGGCGCCUCAAUGGGAGAGUCUGCCCAUUUAAUAUUGGUACUUGCUUGUUCAUUCACUGCCCAUACUACGAUUAUUGUUCAAACUCGAAAUCAGCGUGGGAAAGCCUGUUGGAUACCAAAGAAUGUGUGCGAUACAAUAAUAAGAUUAUAUAAUAGACGAAUAAUUUGUACAGAAGCCGUGAUGCUGCGUAAUUUAAAUGUAGCAAAGUGUAAAGUUUAUUCGCUUUAUAAAUCAAAACAUAAAAAAGAGAAAAACAAAAGGAAAAAUCUUGAAUACGAAAAAACAGCAAAUGAAGAUCAUAUAAAUUCAUAUCUUCAUAAAUCAAGAUAAGUAUAAUAUGAUGUAUAAUCUUAGGCGAAAAAAAUACUUGGACAGAAACAUAAUGGAAAACAAAGUUGGACUUCGUAAGUCACUCGCUACCUGAUGAAUGGCGUUUUAUGUGUUUUAUAACUUGUAUAUUUUUCAAUUUUUCUAAUAUAUUCUCGAUUAGAUUGUACUAUUUUAGUAAAGUUUGUACGUGAUGCAUAAACGAGAUGUAAUUAUGACGACGAUGACAAUGAUAACGACUGCAGAAAGCGUUUAAAACAUCAAAGAGUAAGUAAUUUUUUUUCGCAAAAGCCUUUGGUGUCCAGCAUAUUUUUCACCACGAUAUGUUCGCCAUAUUAUUGUUUAUAUAUGCAUAUAUAUAUAUAUAUAUAUAUAUAUAUAUAUAUAUAUAUCUAUGUAUAUAUGUAUAUAUAUAUGUACGUAUGUAUAUGUAUGCGUAUGUAUAUAUAUUUAUAUAUGUACAUACAUAUGCACAUACAUACACACCAUAUAUAUAUAUAUAUAAUCAAAGUAUGUUAUGACUUUUUUUACAUUAUAACUUACGUAACAGCAUGAAAAAAGCUCCAAAAAAUAUCAUCAAACAGUACAAUGUUCUUAAUCUAUUGUUAUAUUUUGCGUUAAUUUUAAUAUAGUUAUAUAUAUUGCUAUUGUAUUGUUAAGAAUUUUAAAAAGAAAAAAUAUGUAACAGUAACGCCAAUUAACUUCGUGACUGUACAUUAGCAUUUAUAAUUUAUAUAAUGAUUUAAUACUUGUUUUGUGAAAUUUAUAAUACAGUUGUAUUACAUAUUUCAAUUUGUUUUUCCUAUGAAAUUUUUGAAAAUUUGGUUACAUAUACAUAGAUAAAAGAAGUCUAUCAAUUAAUAUUUCACAAAAUGAAGUUAUAUUCAUUUUUGUCAAUUGAAUUAUUCAUCAUCCUAUUAUGUAUCAAUUCUUAUAUAGAUUAUUUUUAGGAAAAAAAAUGAUAACGUUAUUUUAUUUUAUUUCUGUACAGAGAAAACAGCAAGGACGUUAAGAACAAAAUGUUCGAUAGAUUGAUGGUAAUUAAUAAAUAUAUUAAAUGACAUUUCAUAAUUAAUAAAAAAAAAUACUUUAUCAAAAUAUAUAAUAAUGGAAAUUAUAAUUUAUAUCAAAUGAAAAAAUUGCAUGAUUAAUCUUCUAGAUUUUGGAAAAAUUUGAAAAUAAUUUUUUUCAUAAAACGAUAAUUAUUUUUAUUUUCAUGAUCAUAAAAAUAAUUUAGUAUUUUUCUUUUUACGUUUUGAAGAUUAUAUAUAUUUAUUAUUUAAAAAUUUUCAAAUAUUACUAACUUCAAAAUGUUAGCUUAUCUUUUCAGCACUUAAUGAUAAUUGACUAUAUUUUAUUGUCUUCUUUUUUUUUCCUCCAAUAUUUUUUUGUUUUGCGAUACAUUCACGAAGUAAAUCGAUCGUUAUUAGAGACGAGCCAUUUCUUUUAACAAUUACAUAUACAUACAUAAUCUGUGUGUAUAUGUACAUGUAUAUAUAAAAAUAAUAAGUAAUAAGUUUAAGAAUAAGUCUGAAAAAUCGAACUCGAAUAUUAUAUAGUCCAGCACACACGAUGCUUCCUUUUAUGCAAAUUUAGAUAUCGGCAACAAGUUAAAAAAUUAAAACCAUGCAUCUUCGUGCAUAGUUCAAUUUGCAAUUUAAUUUUUUUUCUUUUUUUUUAAAGAUUUAUUUUAUAAAAAUUUUAAUAUUUAAUUUUCUUUUUAGACUUUACUAGUAUUUUAAUAUUGUAGAAAUAUUAUAUAAACAUAUUAUUCUUUUAUUAAUUUUUUUUUUAAUAUUAAAUUUAUAUGAAAUUUACGUAAUAAAUUUAUUUAAUAUUAAAUUUAUAUGAAAAAAUGACAAGUUUAAUUAAUAUACUCAAAGAUUUAAUUGUUCAAUACUGAUCUAUACACGAGUUGCAAUGAUACUUGUUGCAAGGUAUUUGUUACCUGGCUCUAAAAGUGCAUUAUGCUUUAAACUAUGAAAUAAUUUGUAGAAAAAAUGCGAAAUGUUGUGUUUCAUUACCAAAUGACAAGCACAACAAAUUUUUUAUAGUAAUCAUUCAUUUAAAAGUAUAUAAAAUGAUUUUACAUUUUAAGAAGACCAUUCAGCGUUUAUUCGCGAUGCUCCAUGUCUAUUUUACGAAUUAACAUAUUAUUUUAUUAUUAUAAUAGUAAUUAUUAUUAUUAUUAUCAUCAUUAUUAUUAUUAUCAUUAUUAUUAUCAUUAUCAUUAUUAUUAUUAUUAUUAUUAUUAUUAUUAUUAUUAUUAUUAUUAUUAUUAUUAUUAUUAUUAUUAUUAUUGUUGUUAUUGUUAUUAUUAUAUACUCAUAUAAAAAAACAAAAUGAAGAGCAAUACAAAAAAACCAUCUAAAUAAGACGAUAAAUUUGCGACCACUCCAUUUAAUAUUGUUUAUUUUUAAUGAAUAAAAAUGUAAAUAUUUUUUCUUCUCUCAUUAAAUUAUUAUAUUGAUCUUACUUGUAAUGCGUACAAUUAAAAAAUAUUUUUAAUUAAAUAUGUUGAUAAUUUAAAAAAUAAAAUAUCUAUCUUUGGUAUAUGAUUAUCAUUUGGUAUAUGAAAAUGUUAAAUAAAAUGAAAAAAAAGAAUAAAGGAAAAAAAAGAGUAUAUGACUAAAUUAUGGAGUGGUUCCUAUGAAAAAUUGACUGAGCUCUUCUGUGAUACCCAGAUGUCACUAUAAUUUCAUAAUAAAUAUUUAUAACAAAACAUAAUUAAUGUUAAUUAUGAUCGCGUUCACUUUCUUCCUGACUGAAUUCCCGAACAAAGAACUGAUCUUAAAUGAAAGGUGGUUCAAUCACUAUUUUUAAUCAUCUUUCGAUAUCAUUGUGCUGGAGUAUAUGUUUUUUCAAUUUCUAUGCAUAUAAUUACGCAGAGAUAAAACGUAUGAUUAGAUUUUAUGCGAUUCGCUUUUUACGUAUUAUUAUAAUAACGAUGACAAAUACAAAUAUAUCACAAACAGAUUCUAAUAAACAGAAUAUGUUACAUAUGUUCGUAUAUAUUACAUAUGCGUGCACACACGAAUAUAUAAAUACACAAUACAUUUUCAGUACAUACGCAUAUUUUUUAUCUGUUUUCGUAACGGAAUUGAUGCGAUAUGUUUAAAAAAAUAAAAGCAGUCGUGUGUACAGGACUUGAAGUCAUGUAUGAGAGAAAGGGAGUGUGAAAAAGAAAUAAAAAAGAAAGAGAAAAGUAUUAAAAAAAAAAAGAAUUGCAAUGCAAUUGCAUAUACAUAAGAAACUCUUAUACAUAGUAUAAAUAUGAAGAAUUAAUACGAUAUUACACGAUAUAUAGAGUGAUUAUGUAAGUCUGUUGACAUGUAAUGUCUAUGUUCUAAUAAAGAUUAGGAUAUUUUAUAUAUAAAUAAAUAAAUAGUUGCCGCGACUACGAACAUCCUGUAUACAUAUAAUAUGUGUAUAUAUAUUUGUAAUGUAUAAGUUACCGGUCUAAUAUGAUUAAUAGAGACGAUUAUAUUUCGAAAAGUUCGAUAGAAAAGAUAAAUGAAACUUUGUACGCUUAAAAUAAAAAAAAAAGCAAAGAAAAUCAAGUGAUAUGGGUGGAAAAAAACAAUACAAAAUGUAUAAAAAUAAAAUAUACCACCAGAAGGACUGCAUUAA